AUGCGAUCUAGCGUGGCUUCUCUCUGCGCCAUAACAGCGCUUAGCACACUUGGACAAGCGCUCGGUCUUUGGUCCCACUCACAACCAUUAAGUCUACAGGAAAGAGCGAGUAUCUGGGGUCUACCUGAUUGUGCUAGCACAUGUGUCACUUCCAGCUUCGGUGGCUGCAACUCUAUCGAUGUCGAAUGUAUCUGCAAGAACAGAGAGUUCCUGGACAACCUCGGUUGCUGCAUGUCCGAAGCUUGCGAUAAGGCCGAUCAAGAUGCUGCUAUUGGAUUUGCAAACAACUUCUGCUCUGCAUACAAAGUCACAGAUCUGCCUACCGCUGCAACAUGCGCGUCAACCGCGGCAGCAACAACCAGUGACAAGAAUACUACACCCUCUCCAACGAUCGAUCCCUCAUCUGCAACUUCUUUGCUGCCCGCCUUGAGUUCGGCGGCUUCGGCAGCUAUCGCCAAUAUCUCAAAUGGCACGAACAUCACUGGAUAUAUUAGUACACAGCACAUCACUGUCACAGCGACGGUUACAGCCAGCAGUACUGGACAGGCUCCUCGUGUUGCGGCUGAAGUGACUGGUUGGGCUUGGGGUGUGGGAGCCGUGCUAGCUGGAGCUGCUGCCGUGGUUGUUUGA